GAGAAUGCACAGCACGUGUAUUCGUUUGUUGCUGGAUUUGAAAUUUGUUCUUGGCCAACCAAUAAACGCUAACGUAUGGCGUUGGCUUACCCCGAAAAAAGCUUCUAACUUGCCCGAAGCUCCUGCUUAAUUUUCUGGCUGCAUUUUUUAAAAACGAAACUCAAAGUUGCCGUUUAUCUUUCACUGAUACCCAGAUCGAGUUAAACAGCCAGAGAGAGAAGGGGUCCUCCGAAAAUUCUGUGGCACAAAGCCCUUCGAAGGAUUCGAGAUUCUAGUUUGAGUAACCAGGGAGCUUCGAGACCUGGAAGUGGGAAAGGAGCUUUACCGGAAGUGCACGUCAUUCCAACUAUUUCUUUGUCACUUAGUCAGAUGUCAUUGUCCGACGAUAUGUGUGGAGAACGAAACGGUACUGCAUAUGAACUUGUACAGCUGAACGAACGCAGAGAGGUCACCACGGAAUUAUCCAACAACACAAAUAAAAAACUGACUAAUUCCUUUCAAACUGUUUCUCUUAAUCACAUAUCUCCAGUAGAAAUCAUGCCAAAUAAAUUAUCAACCAAAGCAGAAACAGCAAGUGAGGAAAAGGAGGAAGAAAUGCAUAAAAAUAACUUUGGAGAACUUCCAAAUUCAGCUGAUUUAGUAAAAGAGAAUACAAAAAUUCAUUUCAAACAGGGCUUUAUUUACCGGGGAAUUAUUUUUCCGCGGCUGACAAACAGUUUCAAAGAUCGACAUCUAGAAGUAGCCUACCAAAGAUACUCUCACCGUCAAAGACAGAAAUCACUUAUUAUUGUAAAUUUAAUCGAUAUUGUGUUAAAAGUAUCCCUCUUCUUAUCAUAUAUUUUGCGUCCUAACAACACAACCUUUCCUAAAAGGGAAAUUCUCAUAAACGUACCGUGGCUAAUAGUUAACAUUAUUCUUUGUCUUCUAACGUGUUGGAAAUGCUUCGCUAACAACUACUUACAGUGGGGAGCUGUCUUUACGUUUCUAGUAUUAUUUGUACAAGGAACCGGAAACUUUGGAGUCGACUUCAGUGACACUGGGAUUAUUGACGGUGGUGACGUGGAUGGAGCAGCUGUUUGGCAUAUCUUCUUUAUAGUCUUUGUAACGUACGCUAUGCUACCACUACCGCUGAAAUGGUGCAUUGUGGGUGGCUCUCUUAGUUCACUUUCGCAUUUUAUCGUCACGUGUGUUAUUUUUCGAGAAGAUGGCGCUUUUGUCAGAAGAGUGAUCACCAAUGCCCUGUUAUAUUUGUGCAUCAACUUCGUUAGCAUGUAUACCAAACACCUGACGGAUCGAGCCCAGAGGAACGCCUUCCUGGAGACCCGACGAUCUAUGGAAACACGUUUCAAAAUAGAGAAAGAAAAUGAAAAACAAGAACGCCUCCUUCUUUCUCUGCUACCACGUUUUGUUGCCAUGGAAAUCAUUUCAGACAUAGCCCGAGAAGAAGAUCAUGGGAGGAUCUUAUCGGCACAGUUUCAUAGGAUUUACAUCCAUUGCUACGAGGACGUAAGCAUUUUGUUCGCUGACAUCCAGGGGUUCACUGCUCUAGCAUCUUGUUGUUCAGCUCAUGAACUAGUCAAAGUUCUGAAUGAUCUGUUUGCCAGGUUUGAUCGACUGGCACAUGAGAAUCACUGCUUAAGGAUCAAGCUUCUAGGAGACUGUUAUUAUUGUGUAAGCGGCCUACCCGAUCCCAGGCGUGAUCACGCUCAUUGCUGUGUGGAGAUGGGUCUACAUAUGAUUCAGGUUAUAAAAUUCGUUCGCCAAACGACCACGGUGAACCUAAACAUGCGAAUUGGUAUACACAGCGGUAGCGUCCUUUGUGGUGUAUUAGGCCUACACAAGUGGCAGUUUGACGUUUGGUCUAAUGACGUUACACUGGCUAAUCACAUGGAGUCUGGAGGCAUUGCUGGGAGGGUACACAUCUCCAAGGCAACCCUGGAUUACUUACAAGGUACUUACGAAGUAGAACCUGGAAACGGCGAGUCACGUGACAGUUAUCUACGUAAUCAUAAUGUAGAAACAUACCUAAUCAAGCGGACAGAGCCCUCAAACAGCAAGAAGGGUGGAAAAAAUCGACAACGGCAUUUCAAUCCAGGAGAUACCCAUCGACAUAGCAGUGCCACCAGCAGCCAACUUCUCAAUGGAGACCAGAUCUCCCAUCGACAUAGCAGUGCCACCAGCAGCCAACUUCUCAAUGGAGACCAGAUCUCUAGUGGAAAUACGACAACUGUUUCCGAUGAAGAUGUCACAACUGAUUGGACUCCUGAGAUACCGUUUGAAAAUUUAAAUGACCUUGGCGAUCCUGUAGACGAAGAUUCUUUUGACGUUAACCAUCGGCCACUGAAUCAAGAAAAACAAAUCGACAAUAGAAAAACAGAAAGUCAUCGAAAAUUAGCACUGACAAUGAGCGAAGAAGUCGACGAAUUAAUUGAUCACAGUAUCGAAAUUGAAUCCAACAAACGGAUAAGAAAAGAAAAUGUGAGAUGGUUUACAUUGAGCUUUAAGUCCAAAGACAUGGAAGCAAAUUUUCAUCAGAUUCGAGAUACGGUAUUCCGAUCCAAUCUAUUGUGUGCCUUCGUUAUCUGGUUAUUUAUUGCUACUUGUCAAAGUAUUUUAUUACCAAGAUCCUUGAUAAUGUUAGUGGCGUUUCUAUUGACAACUUUGGCACUAAUCAUCUUUGUUCUGGUAGCCAUGGCAACAGAAUUUUCUUAUUUUCCGAAGGCCAUUAAGAAUGUCUCAAGAAAAUUGGACGAAAAGAGAUUUUUUCGUAACUUAGUGAUCUGUGGAGCUGUAUUUGUAAUAUUUAUUGCAUCUUCCUCAACAAUGUUUGUCUGCGAUAGAUUCUCCUCUAAAGAGUCAAAUGAUACCUCAUUGUACGAUCCUGAUAGUCCGUAUUGUUAUUAUCCUCAAUAUUUCGUGUUUACCUGGAUCCUGACUAUGGUAGCGUGUGCGGCCUUUUUGAAGCUAAACUAUUCUCUAAAAAUGGUCAUGUUGGUUGUUAUGGUAACAGUUUAUCUCACUUUCAUCGGAGUUAUCUUUGGCAAAGUUUUCGACAGAAUCCAAAGUUGUAACAGCAAUGAAAACAAUAUGUGCGUCUCAGUAAAAGCCAGGACAUUUGUUUUGAUAGUGUUAUACUUUUUAAUGGUGACUUACCAUUGUAGACUGAUUGAAAUUACGUCACGCCUGGAUUUUCUGUGGAAGGCUCAGGCUCAGAAGGAACUUCAAGAUAUGAGAGAAAUACGCCAUUACAAUACACAGCUACUUAAGAACAUCCUUCCAGAUCACGUUGCUUCGUACUUUUUGGCACAUGACCGAAAUUAUGAAGUAAGAGAACUAUAUGCCCAGUCCUAUGCUUGCUGUGGUGUUCUGUUUGCAUCCAUUCCAAAUUUUGCCAACUUUUACUCAGAAGAUGUUAAUAACGGAGUGGAAUGCAUACGUCUUCUCAAUGAGAUAAUUUUUGACUUUGACCAGCUUUUGGAUGACGAGAGAUUUUCCUGUCUAGAAAAGAUCAAAACAAUUAGCAGCACGUACAUGGCGGUAUCAGGACUUAAUCCUGACGAUCAGGAUAAAGAUCCUUGGCAUCAUAUUACUGCUUUGGUUGACUUCGCUCUGGCAAUGAAAAAAGCUUUGGAAGAAGUUAAUACUCAUUCAUUCAACAAUUUUCAACUUCGAAUCGGUAUUAGUCACGGUCCUUUGGUGGGUGGUGUUAUCGGUGCUAAAAAACCAGUUUAUGACAUAUGGGGGAACACUGUGAACGAGGCUAGCCGUAUGGACUCCACAGGAACCAUGGACCAUAUACAAUGUCCAAAGUACACUGCUCAGUUUCUGGAAGAUCAUGGAUAUAGAGUGCAAUAUCGUGGGCUGGUGCCCGUUAAAGGUAAAGGCAACAUGGAAACUUAUUAUAUCAUUGGCAAGAAAAUAGGGCGACAGAGAAACGUGGGACGUUCUCAAAGAACGCACAAUAGCCUCGCAGCUGUCGUUUACGGAAUGGUUCAAGCCCGCAAAAAGCAGGCAUUGGGCUCGAGUUUAAGCGUACCUAGUCCGAAACAAAGACAUUCUCCCGCGGCAAGUUUUCGUCGUCCUCAGAAACAGAAGUUACAGCGGAUGCUCAGCGAAACUCCUAAUCCUGGUCGAAGGAAAAACCGACUGGAGGAACGGAGGAUGACAGAGACAGCUGGAAGUAGUCAUUCCUACCCAGAUAUGAGAUGCGCAGAGCACGAUGAGGCAUUUCUAGAAACCAAGAAGUAAAAUCCCCCAAAGCAUAUUUCAUAUAAAUAAAUAUAUAUAUAUAUAUAUUUAAAACGUUAAAUCAUAAAUCUUAUAAAGAACAUUGUCAAUGUGCAGUAAGGUUGUUAUAAUUGUUAUAAAAUAAUAAUGUGCAUCGUUUCGCACAGAAAAUAUGUGGCAUAUUCGUAUUAUGAAUAUCUCGCAUGUGAAUAUAUUAGAAACACAUUUUUGUCGUCAUUUUACAGUCUUGUUGUUGCGAUAUGUUUGAUUCACGUUAUCCUACAGCUAAACGAAGAUACCAAAGUUACAUUUUAUUUGGUUGUACUGGAGAUAAUGUUGUCUAUGAAUGUAACAAUGCCAAAUAUCAUAAAAUUCCUACUUUGAAGAAUUUCUUUUUAUUUUAGUUCUUUGAAAUCACCCAUUGUCAUCUAAAAAUGUCAUAGUUGUGAUUAUAGCUGUUGAACAAUAAAAAUAGUUCAUUAUGUGACUAUACAGAGUUGAGUUUUGGUUACUUAUUAUUUGAAAUAAUCGCAAAUGCCUCUUGUUUUACUAUUGGUGAUAAGAAGCAUUAUCGAUAAAAAUGCUGAAUCAAAGGUAUCAAUUCUCAUGUUAUCAUCAAAAAGUGUCGAAAAAGAAAAACAUUGUCUUGGUUUACAUGUAAUUUGUAUACUCAGUGCUGCAAUAUAAAGCAUAAGAAAUUCGUUUUGAAACAUAAAAAAAUUGAAUAAUCAACACUGAAUAUGUGUUCCUCUAGCAUUAACUAUAUGACGAUAUCGAUUAAGCAUAAACGCCAGAAGUGUUUUGAGAUUAUCAAAUGGAAUUUUCUUCUGUUAUUAUUAAAAGCUCAAAAUGUUACCAUAUGUUAAUUGGUCCCUCUUUUAGGACAUUCUUUUUCAAAUUGUGCCACAAAUUGUAAUUUGAUUAACAUCAGAACUUGAAGCUUGCCAUUUCAUAAUUUUUAUAUCUCCAGCUUUUCCCUUAUUCUUCCAAAGCCAUAUUCUACCCGGUAUUAGCAUGAUGAAACUGAAAACAACGGGCUAAUUAAUGUAGUCUGCUGAGUACAGCGUGACGAAUCAUAAAUAAACUAUUUUUUCCAUUCUUGCAACAAAAACAUAUCCCCUUAUAGUUAUAUUCAACAUCAUAUUUCACUGUUUUGCUUAUACACUUUUGCUUAAACUUCUCAUGAUCAAGUCUAUAUGCAAAAACUCUCCUAGAGUUUUAAAAUACCCAAUCUUUGUUUUUUCAGGACAUAGCAUAUGAUCCUAUAUCUUUUACCGGUUUUUAAUAUAUAUAUAUUGUAAGGUUUAAAUUGAUUUCAUUCACUUGUGAAAUAUUAGACUAUUUAUCUUCAACUUUUCCAUAAUCACUUUCUUGCAACUGUCUUCGAACAACUCUAUAGCUUAUUCUAGUUUCUAACUAUUCUGUAUUUCUACAUUUACUUCUGAAAACUUUUCAAAUCAAUUUUAUGGAACGCAUCAUUCUCCCGCUGAAUGUAUUUAUUAAGCAUCCUUUCUUAUUAUACUCUAAAGUCCCUGUAUUGGCAAAGAGCUCUAAUGUUCUUUGGAUUGCGUAUUUCAGAAUAUUACAUUUUUAGCAAUAUACUGUUCAGUUUUCUUUUCAUUACGUUAAACAAUUAUUUGAUGCGUUUAUUUUUUAAUUGUAUUAAUUUUUUUUUCAGUCUUAGCUAUGUGGUACUUUACUGUUCAUUUACUGCUUUAAACACGAUUGAAACAUGUGUUUAGUAAUUUCAAAAAUAAGUGAAAAGUAAAUGUACCAUUAUCAAAAUAUGCAUCAAUGGGUGAAGUCUGUUUAACCUACAUUUAAUGUUGUGAUAAUUGAUGUGCAAUUAUGUCAAUAAUGAUGCCUAUUAUUGUAGAUUCUAUAAUAAAAUUAAUAAAUUUAUUUCUUGUUCAACUCAGACUUAGGACCGAUACU